GGGUAUUCAUCCACGGAAGCUUAGGCUCCAGUACUAAUAACCUUAGGCUGCUAAUUCUUUAUGUAGGCUCCUAAAUAAGCAAUCUAGGGUAACAUUUUCAAAAGCACCCAAGACCUAAUGACGUUGGGUUACUUAGAUGCUUUUGAAAAUGUUACCCCGAUUUCCAAAAGUGCCGAACAACCAACAGCCCCUGAUGAAGUUAAGCUGGUGGGUGUUGGCAAUUUUCAAAAUCAGACUAGUUACUCAGUCUUCUAGGGGUGGGAUUUGCAAAAGUACGGAGGCAUCUUAAAAGCACAAGGCACGUGUGUUGACUUUCAGUGCGACUUGUGCUCCGAAGUCACAUAGACACAUUUGAAAAUCCAACCCUAAUUCCGUUGUUAGGUACCUAAUUCUAGGCUCCUAUUUUUGAAAAUCUUGUUCCUAAGCCUCUGUGCUUGUGACCCAUAAAUUGAAAAGCAACAGUAUCCAGUCAGGCAAACAGGCUCUAGGAUCACCUUUGGAGUCCUCUAGCUAGUGUCCUUGACAAUGGGCUGAGGGGGACCUAUGGUUUUUCAGUUGCCUGCAUUCGGGGCAACAAUAAAUAGUCUUCUGCUUCUCUCUGUCUGUGUCGAUUUUGAUUUUGUGGAGGAUACCUGAGGAAGUAGGUUUGAGGACAGAUUGAUGACUAGUUUGGAAUGAAUCAGAUGAUUGAUUUCAGUGGGAGUUGGGCAUCUAAAUAUCUUUUUUAAAUCUGACCCUAGAACCACAGAACAGUACUUUGUAAGGGUAAUACUGUCAAAACUAGGGAGAGAAAAUGUGUUGAAUCAUCUUCUUGAGAGAGCUCCUGAGACACAUGGGGGAAAGCAGAAGGGAAUUUUUAACUUCCCUCACCCCCAUCCCACCUCUUCCUAAAUUCUGAAGACACUCAAAUAACAUUUCUUCCCAGAUCUGAAGAAGAGCUCUGUGUAAGCGCCAAACCUUGUCUCUCUCAGCCACAGAAGUUGGUCCAAUACAAGAUAUUACCUCCCCCACCUUUCAGAGUGGUCGCCGUGUUAGUCUGUAUCAGCAAAAAGUACGAGGAGUCCUUGUGGCACCUUAGAGACUAACACAUUUAUUUGGGCAUAAGCUUUUGUGGGCUAGAACCCACUUCAUCAGAUGCAUGGAGUGGAAAAUACAGGAGCAGGUAUAAAUACAUGAAGAGAUGGGAGUUGCCUUACCAAGUGUGAGGCUUGUCUCUCUCAUUUCAUCCCCGUCUUGAGCUGGGCAACACCCAGGCUGGGCCGAGAAAGAGCAAGAGUUGAGAGCAAGUUUAAUCGUCAAGGGCCUCGUCCCUGAAUUCCUGGGGCAGCCAAAAAAUUCCUAUUAGCGCCCCUGGAUCCUGUGGUCCCUUGGGACCGGAAAGCUCCCUCGUUGUUUCAAGCAUUCAGGAGAAACAGAGUUUUGUUUAGUCUUAGAAUCUUUUUUUUUUAAUGACAUGACGUGACCAAAGCUAGUUGAGAAGAGAUCGUACAAGGGACAGUGUGACUGAGUCCCGGAAAACAACUGCACGUACGUUUAAUGCUCUGUAUGUUUGUUUGUUUAUUUAUUUCCUUCUUGGGAAAUUUGUAUGGCCUGAGAUCAUUCCAAAGUUCAGCGAUUCUAGAAUCUGAAAUAAAUGGCUUAUCCCACAAAGACGUAGGCACAUGCGGAAGUCCUAUGCAGGCUCGACUUCAUGUGAUUUUUAUUCGUUUAGGGCCCAAUCCUGUAAAGGUUUAUGCGGGUGAGGGACUGCUCCUACGACUCCCAUGGUUCACAUGUCUACCCCUUUACAGGAUUAGGCCCUUGGUUAACAAGAAUGACAGGAGGGUACCGAGUUUCCCCAGAAUGCACUGCAAUUGAUAUAGUCAAGGCUUUGAAUAAUGUUAGGAAGUACGGCCACUUUUAUUUUAUUUUGGAGGGACUACUUUUUUUACAGAAGGUGGAAGAACACCCACCCAGGAAGCAGCCCUUAGGAGCUGUAGGCACUCAGCACAGCGGAAAAUCACCAGCAUAUUUGACGGUUUAUAGAGCCGGGUUUUUACAGUUACCGGCCACAAGGGGUCAGCAGAACCCAGGAAGAUGAUGUGACCAGCACAAAGGAAGCCUUAGACUGUAGCAGCAGGAAAAGCCGUGUUUGGCGAGUGAUGCCCUGAAAAUGAACGGGUGCUUCGAAGGUGUUGGGCUGCGAUGCCUUUUUAAGGGCGUCAGCAUGGCUGCCCCCAAGCCUCCAAAAUACCUCCUAGCCUUUGACUUUGAUGAGACGAUCAUCAACGAGAACAGCGAUGACUCGGUCAUCAGGGCCGCUCCGGGCCAGGUGCUUCCAGAACACAUCCGCCAGACCUUCCGGGAUGGCUUCUAUAACGAGUACAUGCAGUGCGUCUUCGAGUACCUGGGAGACCAAGGGGUCAAGAUGCUGAACUACAAAACCGUCUAUGAGAACAUCCCGCUGUCUCCUGGGAUGCCGGAGCUCUUCCAGUUCCUCUCCAAGAACCAAGACCAGUUUGAGAUCAUCCUCCUCUCUGACGCCAACAUGUUUGGCAUCGAGUGCACUUUGAGAGCCGCCGGCGUCUACUCCCUCUUCCGCAAAAUCUUUAGCAACCCCUCUGGGUUUGAUAAGAGGGGCUACCUCACCUUGGGGCCCUAUCACACUCACAAGUGCCCCCAGUGCCCCGCAAACAUGUGUAAGCGCAAAAUCCUCACUGAGUACCUGAUGGAGCGGGCCCAGGAGGGAGCAGAAUUUGAGCGCAUUUUCUACGUCGGGGACGGAGCCAAUGACUUCUGCCCUUCCGUGGCUUUGACUUCGACAGAUAUUGCUUUCCCGCGGAAGGGCUACCCCAUGCACCAGAUGACCCAGGAGAUGGAGAAAAAGCAACCCAGAGCCUUCCAGGCCACCGUAGUGCCCUGGGACUCGGCUGUAGAAGUUUGCUGCUAUCUGCAGGAGCUGCUCAAGAAGAAAUGCUGAGAAGGACUGAUGGGUAGGAAGAGACUCCUGCUGACCUUGAGGCAGCUUGGGGGCACUGUGCAGGAAAGUGGGAAGUUCAGGAGCAUCUCCAUACCCAGUGGCUGAUCUGAUUCCAUCUCUAGCUUUGCAGCGUUGGACUCUCUGAACUUCUGGAUUUCUUCCCCCGCCCCCUCCUUUUUUUCUUUUAAAAAAGCACAUUCUCUGGGUCCCCUUUUCUCCCCCCUCCUCCCGACCUUGAGACAAGGUCUUCUCUAUGCAGUUUGCACACCCGUUCAGGAGACGGGGGUGAGUCAGAUAUGUUUAUUUUUACCUUCACCUUGAAUUCUUUUUUCAAGUGAUUGUUUUAUUUUUUUAAAGAAACAAAAACAAACUAGUUCUCAUGAGGCUAUGAAGUGCCCGUGCUCCCGUUAGCCCCAAGGCAGAGGUCUCCGAAUCUGUGACUUUCCAUCACAGCAGCUGGGGUCCACCUACGUCAUCACCCCCUGCAUGACCCCUCUUCCUCCACACCCCAGCAGGUGACUUUAAAUUGACAUGAGAAUUCCUAACGGGGCUUGCUUCUGUCCAGGAGGCAGGUUCUAUUCAUAGAGCCACCCUGCCCAUAAACCCUUGUUCCAGGAAGGCUGCUGCAGCAAGAAGACAUGGGUGCGGGGUUUCAGGUGUGGGGUUAGGAGGACACUGUUGAUUUUAGGUUUCCAUUACAAGUGGUUCACCAAAGCACAUUUCUAAGCAAGCAAGAGUGAGAUUUUCCACAGGUACCAAUGGGAGUUAGGCACAUCACAGGCUCCAGUUCCCCAGCCCUGUCCCUUCUGAGCAGAUCACAGUGGGAAAGGGCUGUGGAAUAAUGAGAUGUAGGGGGCAGUGUGUGACAUGUAGCUAGAAAGCCCUGUCCCCCACCAAAGUAUAACUAGUUUGCAUUUAAAACACUUCACUGAAUCUGAAUUUCUACGGCUUGUUUGCACAAGCACACUCAGGAAAGUAAAGUGGAUUAGUUAAACUGCAUUAAACCCCUGUGUGGACACACUCAUUCUGAACUGAAGUGGCCUUAAUUUGGUGUAUCUUAGGCUGGGUCUACACUACCCGCCUGAAUCGGUGGGUAGAAAUUGACCUCUCGGGGAUCGGGACGCGACAAUUGAUCCCCGAAUCGACGCUCUUACUCCACCAGCGGAGGUGGGAGUAAGCGCUGUCGACGGGAAGCUGCAGAGGUCGAUUUUGCUGCCGUCCCUACAGCGGGGUAAGUUGGCUGCGAUACGUCGAAUUCAGCUACGCUAUUCGCGUAGCUGAAUUUGCGUAUCUUAAAUCGACACCCCCCCCCCCCCCCCCGUAGUGAAGAUGUAGCCUUAAUUCAAAAGUGAAUUAAACUGAAGUGAAGUAAGGCCACCUUAAUUCUGAAUCAGAGUGUCCACAGUGGGGUUUUUAUGCAGUUUAACUAAUCUACUUUUAACUUGCACCAUUAGUUAAUUUGGAUUACCAUUCCUGGGUGUCCUGAGGUCAGGGCCAAGUCCUUUCACUUUGCCUCUAUUUUGCUUUCAUUUCAACAAUCUUCUUUUCCCCAGGGCAGAAAUUUCUCCACGGUACCUUAAACAAACACCUUUCUCUGUUGUUGUUUUAAGCAUGAAAGUGAGCAUCCCCCCUCAAAUGCUUUUAGACACACAGCUGCUUUCCAAAGCAGAAGCUCGAACUCCUCAGCUGAGUGAAGAGUGACUCAUCAGCUGUGCUCACUAGCCCGUGUCCAGACUGGAUCCCAAAGCCUGUUUAUUGAACUAGUUUAAAACCCAGCCUAACGCCUGCCCUGUCUGAACUGCGCUGCUGCAGCUGUGCUUUGAAGCAGCCCCCCAAAGGCAAUUUUGAGAGGCCUGGUGGACAGCGUCCAGGAGAGCUAUUGCUCCAAGCUAUGGGCUGCUUCCGGUGCACUUGGAGUAGCAAGUAGCAGCAUAAGCCGAGCUCUCCUUGUACCGUAGACAAAUCACCAGUCAGCUCACAGCAUGGUGGUUAUAUUAGGGUGGAGCCACUUCCUUGGCCUGAUCCUGGGAGGUGCUGAAACUCCCAUUGACUGCAAGGGGAGCUGUGGUGCUUAGCACCCCCGGGGGUCAGACUGCUAGAGGAUCAAAGCCUCUCUCCACUCUCCUUGUCAGUAUUCUCCCCCUGGGCAAUCGCAGUAUUACUGCCCCCCCGUGAUUGCACUCAGCAGCCGCAGCAUUAACUGCCCAUGAGGGUGGCUUCUCCCGGGAUGAACUGUAGCCUGUCUACUCUAAAGUGUACUCUGCACAGUACAGAACUAACCAAAGCCGCACCAGCUUGCCCUCCUCUUUGCAGUUUGUUUGUUUGUUCUUCCUUCCUCCAAUCAUGUGGAACUUAAAGCCAUGGAAUUUAAAAAAAAAAAAUUGAACGUUAUCUAGUAAAUAUCAACAGCGGGUUCGAAACGUUUGUCUGGAAUUUGCUGCGCAUGUUGUAUUUUGAUGUGGACAGUUAAGUGAACACCCCACCUGCUCCUAACGAUCAUAAAUAUAUUAAUAUAUAUAU